GGCGGCCGGCGACUCUGCAAGGAAUCGAGGGAAGUGAGUUCUUCCGAUCCCGGACAGCCACGCCAACACCCACGCCGAUGCCCACGCCGACGCUCACGCCCUCGCCUCACUCUCAUGCUCACGGUCUCGUGUGAGGCAACCCCUGCUGCAAGAGCUGUCAGUGGUCUCCGUGCCAUGGGUCCCUUGCCCCUGCAACGAGGAGAACAAGGAGAACUCCGAUCCGCAAGCCUUUCAACCCACUACCCACACGCGUCUUGCACCCUCAUCUUUAAAUCAACGUGGGACUUGACCGGCACUCCAAGUGCACCAGCAAUUGCCAUCCCAUAUUGUGCGGCUCUCCCAUCAGUGUGUCCAGCACCCGAGCCCAUAAGCCCCCGCGAGACCUGAUGGAUCUCUAAACUGUCCCCGCUUGCCGCGUUACAAAAUGGCAGCUCCCACGCCCACAGAGAAGGAGGAAACCCAAUCCCCAUACCCAGUCGCAGAACCCGAGCCUGGAAAGAGUAAUCCUUUUGCUUGCAAUGUUUGCAAACGGAACUACAGUCGAGUCGAUCACUUAGCCAGGCAUUACCGAUCUCAUACACGUGAGAAACCAUUCAUUUGCCAGACUUGCAGCAAGGCUUUCGCUCGAGCAGAUCUCCUGAAACGACACUCUGCAAGUCACAGUGACAAAAGGGAUGCAAAAAGACCUCAGAACUCCUCGCCACAGUUAGCAAGAGUUGCCCAGGCUUGCGUAGCAUGUGCAAGUUCAAAGCUCAAAUGCGGCAAUGAGAGACCCUGCCACCGGUGUCAAGUGAAGGGAACAGAGUGCAUCUUCCCAUCAAUGGCGGAAAAGCCUAGAGGUUUCUUACAAAAGUCAAGCACUAUGAAGACAGAGCAAAUUGUUGACAUUGACACUCUUGAGGGGGCAGCGACUUUGUCUUCAAUGGAUGGCCACCGCCGAAUCAUCCAAUUUCAAGAUGUUCCUUAUCAGAGCAUACUACAACCCACUCCUUCGGGGAGCGAAUUCUCACAGGACUCGAAAGGUAAAGCCAUAGAGUCGAAUCCCGUGGAUUCCAUGAACCAUGCAAUGUUAGACAUUGAUGAUUCGUCUCUCGCGGAUUUUCUUAGCAAUGUCAUGAUGCCUACUUCGCCCAACUCCUUGGCAGCGGCUGCCCCUCACUCUCUGGACCUCAUACAUCAGAGCUACUACACUGGACGGGACGUUUUCAACUUUGGAAUGGACUCAAGUCUGGAUUUCAAUGAGAUCGAUUUCGGAUGGAUCACCUCAAACGCAAGGCAGCCGGUAUGGAACUACGGCGCUGCCCCUGAACCCGAACGAGCACUCCCUUUGCGUGAAGCUCGGGCGCCGGAUGUGAGUAGUGGCAUAAGCGCUGGAGCGGAAGCCUUUCAAAAGUCGAUCUGGCGAUGGCAACCUGCCCAACAAGACCAUGCUCAUGCCGAGCAAGUCAAUCUUUCAUUGCCGUGCAAAGACAUGCAAACCCUAGAACCCCGGCAUGGCCCUGACGUACUUGAUCAAACCUUGGAACAAACUUCUCGAGACAAAAUCUUAGCGAUGCUCCUGAGCGGCUGCAAACCAUCGAAUAUAUCACGUGUCGUUGCAUCAUUUCCGUCUGCAGAACUAUUGGACUCGCUCAUGCACUCCUUCUUCCGAUCCGAAGUCCAUAGGACCGAUUCCUGGAUCCACUUGCCUACUUUUAGUGUUCAGAGUCAAAGACCCGAACUUAAUGGCAUUGUUGUGGCAGCAGGCGCAGUUCUCUCAGGUGUUCCCGCAUUAAGGAAAUUGGGCUUUGCCAUACAGGAAGCUGUACGGUCGGCGAUCCCAAAAAUUUGCGAAAUGGACAAUAGCACUACCAGGGAGUUGCAAAUUAACCAAGCCUUCGCUUUGGAAUUGAAUAUUGGACUGUGGAGUGGCAAUAAGCGGAAGCUGGAAAUCACUGAAAGCAACUCGCAACCUUUGGUAACCAUGCUCAGACGUGCAGGCCACUACCGACGGAAAGCACCCACGGAACCUCCUUUACUUGAGGACGGGCCAGAGGAUCUCGAAAGAAAGUGGCGAGAUUGGGUUGAGGCUGAGUCCUUUAAGAGGCUGGCCUUCCAUACGUUAAUUCACGACGCACAGGCAUCAAUCUGCCUACUAACUCGCCCUCUGGUAUCUUACGCCGAGAUGUCACUAGAACUACCCUAUUCUUUAGCACUUUGGCGUGCCAAGACUGCAGUGGAAUGGCGGGACGUAUACUUGAGGAAACUGCCAAACAUUUCAAAUAGGCUUCCAUCCCUUAUGCAUUGCAUCCACGACAUUGAGCCCGUGAGCAUGGUCCAGGAUUGCAUUGACCUACAGUUCUCUAUCCUGGUUAUCCUUCACGGGAUAUGGAGUCUUGUUUCCGAAUAUCGUCAACUAGAAUUUGUUCUAAAGAUCCAACCACCACAAGUGGGACAGGGGAGCGGAAACUCGAUCACCAAAACCUGGCACUGGGAGCUUUGUCAAAUACUAAAUCGCUUUAGCAUGACGGUUUCUGGAUUUGACAGUGGCAUACCCCAAGAAGCUCGCAUUCUCCACGAGCUAUUCAUGAUGAAUCUCCAUGUCAGUUUCGAGGAAUUGCAGCUCUUCGCAGGCAAGGAAGGAUCGGAAGAGGCACACCGAGUCUACCCGCUUCUCCAGAAAUGGUUUGACAGUGGGCUAUCUCGAAAGGCCAUCUUCUACGCUGGACAGAUUCUGCGGGCUGCAGAUUUGUUCCCGUCAAGCCAAUUGCGAGAUUUCUAUGCUGUGGCUCUCUACCACUCGGCUCUGUGCUUCUGGGUCUAUGGAAUAUGCUCGAUGGGUUCUAGUCCCUCGGAUCAGAUGCAGGACCAUCAUAUGGGCGGCGAGAUCGAGGAACCGGUCUGGCUUGACGGGGAAGAGACAGCUAAUACUAGACGUUUUUUUGCUACGUCCCGUGGGAUUCCGAUGAUCAGGGCAUCGUCGAGACUUGGUGAGGAAAGUGGUGCGUGUCGAGUUGAUGAUCCGAAGGCGGUCAUGGAGACUAUCACUUAUAUUAUGGGUAGGAAUUGCAGUUCUGGGAGUAGCGUGUUGCCUCCUUUGGUUGAGAAUUUGGGCCAACUUAUGACAGAUCUGGGAAAUGCGGCGUGGAUUGUUAGUAAUCAAUCAUCCAGGGGGGUGCUAGGUUCUGAUUGAUACCCAACGAUAUUGUUGAAUUAAACCAUACAAAGUGGUCGGAUAUUUCGAUUAUUGUCCGCGAUAGGUGUGGUACACUCAAGAUUCGAGAUUCCGG